AUGGCUCAGCAAAAACCCAUCGACGCAACAACAGCAACACUUGCGCCAGCUCUAUUAGCAACAGCACGAAUUGGUGUGCGGUCCUCUUCCGGGCAUUUUAUGAAACUUCGAGCCCUUUUGGACAAUGGUUCGCAAACAUCUUUUAUAAGCGAGUUUGCCGUUCAGCGUUUGCAUCUACGCAAGAACCGCCUUUCGGUUACAAUCUCUGGAGUAGGCGGGAGUACUGUGGGUGAAUCGAAGAGUUUGGUUAAGUUCACAGUGUGUUCCCUCAUCGAACCUAAUUUCAGCAUGGAGUGCUCUGCUCUCGUGCUUUCUCGUGUAGGACAUAAUAUGCCGUCGAAUAGAAUUGACCCAACUCCGUACAGUGACUUUCUUGGUCUCAGCUUAGCAGACCCGAAGUUUUACGAGCCAGGGUCAAUCGACAUCAUCAUCGGAGCAGAUAUCUAUGGCGCUCUACUGCGCAACGAACUCAAGCGUUCCAAGUGCGGGGACUCCACUGCCCAAAAUACUCAUCUAGGGUGGGUCGUCUACGGUCGCUUACCCGUAGGAGUAAGUCGGCAGCUAUCAGCAAGACUAUGUGCCACAGCCACUGCGGAACUAAAUACGUUGGUACAGCAGAUGUGGAAAUUUAAUCAAAUGGAUGACAUAUCUUCUCCAUCCAAGAUGACAGAGGAUGAGAUUUAUUGUGAGGAGUUUUUUAAACGAACGGUACGCAGGGACCACGUCGGUCGGUAUCACAUUCGGUACCCAUUUAAAGAGGACUCCGACUUGUCCGCACUAUCUGACUCCAAAUGCGACGCAAUCAAACUAUAUGCUUGCCAGCAACAUCGUCUUCAACGCGAUGCAAAGAUGAACGAGUUAUACAAUGAGUUCAUGGACGAAUAUAUCGCUCUUGGCCACAUGGAGCAGAUAUGCGAAGAUAAGGAGCCACGGUAUGCUUGUUACAUUCCCCACCAUGGUGUAUACAAAGAAGGAAGCUCGACUACGAGGUUAAGAACUGUAUUCAAUGGGUCUAGAAAAUACAAAAGUGGUUUAUCUUUGAAUGAUUGCCUUCAUGUUGGACCCAAGCUGCAAAAUGACUUAAGUACAAUCAUAUUAAAGUGGAGAAUGCAUCGGGUUGGAUUCAUGGCGGAUAUAGAGAAGUGCUUUCGACAAAUACGAGUCGAUCGGCGGGAUGCCGAUAUGCAACGCAUUAUAUGGAGAGGCGGAGAUGAACAGCCGACCGCUUAUCGACUCCUCACAGUGACCUAUGGGUUAACAUGCUCUCCGUAUAUAACAAUUAAAGUUCUGAACACCCUAGCCGAAGACGAGGAAACAGAUUUUCCAACAGCGUCCAAAAUUCUUAAGGAAUCUUUUUAUGUGGAUGAUUGCCUCCAUGGCGGUGACACCGUCGAAGAAGCUAUCGACAAUCAAUCUAAAUUACGACAGUUACUGCAUCGUGGGUGCUUCAACCUUCGCAAAUGGAGCUCGAAUUCCAACGAGUUUAUGCAACAUCUCUCCUCCGACGACAUACAACCAGAUACCUGCUGUAACUUAAAUUUGGAUCGGGAGACUAAGGCGCUUGGAAUCUAUUGGCUCUGUGACACUGAUAGCCUGACAUACAAAGUCAAUAUUACACCUGUGUCUGGAUUCAUUACCAAACGCCAACAACUUUCCGAUGUGGCAAAAAUAUACGAUCCCCUAGGUUUUUUAGCACCAAUUGUCAUAACCGGCAAGUUGCUUUGUCAGCAGCUUUGGAUUUCAGGCUGCAAUUGGGAUGAUCCGCUUCCAAACCCGAUGCAGGAUGAAUGGCGACGAUUUCGGGAAGAGCUUCAUAAAGUUCAAAAUCUGCGGGUUCCCAGGUGGAUAGGCGUUACACCGGCAGUUGACAACUUUCAACUGCAUGUUUUCUCUGACGCAUCAACUUUAGCGUAUGCCGCUGUUGCAUAUCUUCGCGUGGAAACAACAGACAGUGUAUGUAGGGUGACCAUUCUCACAGCUAAAACCAAGGUUGUUCCAAUAAAAAAAAUUACGGUGCCCUGCUUGGAGUUGAAUGGGGCUCUUUUGGCAUCGAAGCUUGCGGCCAAACUCAUUGAAACUAUGCAACUUCCACUCAGUAAAAUUUACUGUUGGUCAGACUCAAAAACAACUCUCAGUUGGAUUCGUUCGCGGCCGGGUCAGUACAAGCAAUACGUCAGCAAUCGAAUUUCUCAAAUUCAGGAACUGGUACCCAUUGACUCAUGGAGAUACGUCCCAACUAAGGCUAAUCCGGCAGACAUUGCAUCACGCGGAGUAUUUCCAUCGCAACUUGCCAAUUUAGCAAUGUGGUGGAACGGGCCCGAUUGGCUGCAUCAUGGCGAAGAUAAGUGGCCACAGCAGAAUGUCAUCACUGCAUCUUCGAAUCUUGAAGUCAUAACAUCACUAGCAACAACCGAACCGCAACAGACAUAUUCGCUAGCUACGCAUUUAUUAGAAAAAUAUUCGAACAUCAACACUCUGCUGGCGGUGACAUCUUGGUGUCGUCGAUUCAUUGCGGCACGCCUAAAACAACCUCAUGAUCGGACAUCGUGGUGUACGGCAGCAGAAAGAGCUGAGGCACUACAGUUUUGGAUCAGGUAUGUUCAAACUAUUCACUUUACUAAUGAAGUUGCGUGUCUUCGUUGCAGUAAGCCAUUAAGUCGUAGGAGCAAGCUACUUAAGCUUAACCCGAUGAUAGACGAAGACGGACUUAUAAGGCUCAAUGGGCGCCUUAAAAAUGCGACCAUACCAAUAUACGAACGUUUUCCCGUCAUAUUGCCAAAGGACAACGCCUUGUGCACAUUGUUAAUAGCUCAAGCCCAUGAGUGUACCAUGCAUGGAGGAGUUCAAUCAACACUUAAUUUUUUAAGACGACGAUACUGGAUCAUCGACUCUCGUUCGGCUGUCAAGCGUUAUAUCCACAGCUGUGUUCGUUGUAUUAGACAUCGUAGCACUGCUGCAACGCAAAUUAUGGGUAGCCUUCCUGCGCCGCGCUGCAAUAUUUCAAGAGCCUUCAGUCACUGUGGGUUGGACUACGGCGGUCCUUAUUCUAUUCGUACUACGAAAGGCAGAGGUCACCACAGCUACAAAGGCUACGUAGCUCUCUUUGUUUGCUGUAGUACGCGAGCCGUUCAUUUGGAACUCGUUAGCGACAUGAGUACUGAAACGUUUCUCGCUGCGCUACGCCGAUUUUUUUCUCUGCGUGGAUAUAUCUCUGACAUAUAUAGUGAUUGCGCUACGACUUUCGUUGGUGCGAAUGCAGAGUUAAGAGAACACCACGCUGCAUUGCGAAAGCAACUUGAAACAGCAGCUAGUGCUAUGAGUACUCGAGGUGUUUCGUGGCACUUUAUACCUGCAGGGUCUCCGAAUUUUGGAGGCAUAUGGGAGGCCGGCAUCAAAAGCACAAAACAUCAUUUAAAACGCACAAUAGGUAGCGCAACGCUGACGUUCGAAGAAUUAUACACGGUGCUAAAGCAAAUCGAAGCGGUGCUUAACUCAAGGCCGAUGUGUGCUUUGACUGAUGAUCCGAACGACCUAUCGGCACUCACCCCUGGGCACUUUUUGGUGGGCGGGCCCAUUUUAGCUACACCCGAACCUAGCCUACUCGAAGUUGAUACAAGCAGACUCAAAAGGUGGAAACAAGUUCAACAAAUGCAGCAAGAUUUUUGGAAGCGAUGGAGUUAUGAAUAUUUACGAGAACUACAAGUCAGGCAUAAAUGGUUUCAACGCAAAGACAAUCUGAAGGUUGGCAAUUUGGUGCUGUUACGCGAUGAGCGUGCUCCUCCUACUCAUUGGCCGCUUGGACGCAUAAUUGAAGUUCAUCCAGGCGACGAUGGUGUCGUUCGAGUAGCAACUAUACGCACAGCGUCGUCUGUUUUAAAACGUGCUAUUUCGAAGUUGAUUGUACUCCCAAUUGAAGAUAAAGGGACGCAUAUGGUGGGCGGCCAUUCCUCUGAAAUUUCGUCACAGCAAGUGGACGAGGUGGGCGGAAUGUUACGGAGGAAUGCAACUCUGCGUUGA